AUGACUGAAUUUAAUCUUAAAAAUAAGAUUGUAUAUGCUGUUACAGAUAAUGAAAGAUUAGAGAAGGCUCAAAUAAAAGUAGUAGAAAGAGAUAAUUUACUUUCAUCUAGUUCAAUCAAUACUAAAGACAGUCUUGAGGAAAAUGAUGAAGAAAAAAAGGCUGGUGAAGUUAAUAAUAGAUAUAAUGCUAAUUCAGAACAACAAUUAAAU